AUGUCUCCUAAAUGUGCGAAGUUUUUAGGCAGUACAAAUGUCAAAGAUAAGGAUAGUGUAUUACGUUGCAGUCGUUGUGAUAUUGUCGUACAUGUAAAGUGUAUUUCUACUAAUGAUAGUUUACUUGAUGCUUUGAAAAACUGCAGUGUUGAUGCUAGUAGACAAGAUAUAUUGGAUAAAAUUGACAGUAACAAAAAUGAGAUGAUAACAAGACUUGAGAAACUGGAUGAAGUCAACACUCAGAAAGUGUUGACUGAAGUGAAUGAGAUGAAAGACAGAGAGUCAAACCUGAUGGUUUUUCGCUUAGUUGAGAGCGACAAUGAUCGCACUGAUGUUAUGAAGAUAUUGCAACAUUUGGUUGAAGACAUUUCAGAGAAGGAUGUUCUAAGAACUACCAGGCUAGGUAAAAAAAGUGAUGACGUAGUCAGACCAUUGUUGAUAAAGCUGGAAAAUGCAAAGAUUAAGAAUUCAAUAAUGAGAAAUGUUUACAACAUGAAAACAAUAGCUGAUAAAUUUGCCGGUGUUGGACUAAGUGAUUUGACAAAGGAACAGAGGCAGGAGUAUAAGACGUUUGUUGAAAAAGCUAAAUCAAUGCAAUCUGAUGAUAAAGAGAAUUUUUUAUACCGUGUCAGAGGACCAGUUGGAAGAUGGAAGAUAAUACAGUUUAAAAAAAUUCACUUAAACAAUUGUCUCAGUAAAAAUAAAGUAAUUAAAGAUUUGGCUACAGAUGCAACAAAAAAUAAGUGCAACAUUUUGCUUGGCCUACUUAAUAUAAGAUCUGUCAACUCAAAGUCUGAUAUUAUUUAUGAAUUAAUUCAAGAGGGUUUGGACAUCUUUGUUUUAGUGGAAACAUGGCAUGGUUCAACAGACAAUAUUUCAGUAAAAUCAUCUAUACCAUCAGGAUAUCGUUAUGUUGAUUUUCUUAGAUUAAAUGAUCCGCGGCAUGGAGGAAUAAUUGUAGUGUUUAGAUCAAACUUUAUAUAUAAAUUAAUUGAACUACCUGUUCUAACAACGUUCGAGGCUGUAGCUAUUAAAAUGGUCGUAAAUAAUAAAGACUUUGUUUUAUUGGCGUUAUAUCGACCUGGUUCGGCUCAAGUCAGUUCUACAUUUUUCGAUGAACUCAUUUUUGUUUUGGAAAAUAUUAUAAUUUUAAGUUUGAAUGUUAUGUUAGUUGGUGAUUUUAACAUACACGUUGAAAUAAACAAAGAUCGACAUACCGUUAAUCUGAUUGAAGUGUUUGAAAUGUUCCAAUUAACAAAUUACAUCAAUGAGUCAACACAUGUUCUCGGUGGUACACUUGAUUUGGUGGUUACUUCACACAAUUUUGAAAUUACAAAUAUCAGGAGUCAACAAUGUAGGGUAGAGGCACAGUAUAUAUAUAUAUUUGAGCAUCUGGGCACAAACACAAUAUCAAUUUGA